UAAAAACCCUGUGGCUGGGAGGCGGCGGCGGGGAAGGAUUCCAGGGUGCGGCCUGCCAGGCAGGGAAUAAAGGCUCGGUGCCUGCCGUUUCUGCCUUGGAGCCCACCUGCCUGUUGGAAACCUCACUGACUGGCUUGUGCCUCCCCUAGGAUGGACACAUGGACAGCACUGCUGACCCUCGUCCUGCAAGCCUCCUUGGUGCUCCCCCUGGCAGAGAGUGCUGCCCCUGCCCUGCGCUUUGUGGCCGUGGGUGACUGGGGAGGGGUCCCCAAUGCUCCGUUCUACACAGCCCGGGAAGUGGCCAGUGCCAAGGAGAUUGCAAGGACUGUGCAGACCCUGGGUGCAGACUUCAUCCUGUCCUUGGGGGACAACUUCUACUUUAGUGGCGUGCAGGAUGUCAAUGACAAGAGGUUCCAGGAAACCUUUGAGGAUGUCUUCUCUGCCCGCUCUCUUCACAACGUGCCCUGGUAUGUGCUGGCCGGAAACCAUGACCACCUUGGCAACGUCUCAGCACAGAUUGCCUACUCCAAGAUCUCCAAGCGCUGGAACUUCCCCAGUCCUUACUACCGCCUGCGCUUCAAGGUCCCACGGACCAAUGUAUCUCUGGCCAUCUUCAUGCUGGACACAGUGACCUUGUGUGGCAACUCAGAUGAUUUCCUCAGCCAGCAGCCUGAGAGGCCCCGAGACCUGAUGCUGGCCCGAACCCAGCUGUCUUGGCUCAAAAAGCAGCUGGCAGCAGCCAAGGAAGACUACGUGCUGAUAGCUGGCCACUAUCCAGUGUGGUCCAUAGCCGAACAUGGGCCCACCCGCUGCCUUGUCAAGCAGCUGCAGCCACUGCUGGCCACGUACGGGGUCAUUGCCUACCUCUGUGGUCACGACCACAACCUGCAGUACCUUCAGGAUGAGAAGGGCGUGGGCUACGUGCUGAGUGGAGCCGGGAACUUCAUGGACCCCUCAAAACGGCACCAGCGCAAAGUCCCUAAUGGCUACCUGCGCUUCCACUACGGGGUCGAGGACUCGCUGGGCGGCUUCGCCUACAUAGAGAUCAGCCCCAAGGAAAUGAGCGUCACUUUCAUCGAGGCUUCGGGCAAGUCCCUCUUCAAGACCAGCUUGCCCAGACGACCCAGACCCUGAGCCCCAUGGGGGCCCUGCUCUGAGUCCUGAGGCAAAGGGGCCUCCCACCAGUGGGUAGGUCAGCCCUACUGGGCGCCCUCACGCACAGGCAGGCUUUUCCUCAGGUCUGUGGUGCUGGGGGCAGAGCAGGAACGAGAACCACAACUAAGGAACUGUGGUGCCAUGUGGCACUGUGUCCCGGAUGCCCAAGGAUGUGAAAGAGGCAUGGACACGUGUAUGGGCCAGAGUGCUACACCUGGUGGCUGGGCUUGCGGGGCGGGGGCAGGGAGCAGAAGCUUUCUCCUGAAUCAAGCCCCCUUCUGUCACUGCCAUUCAAUAAAAGAAUCGUUGC